GAGUACUUAGUAUCGGACUUCGUCUUUCGUUCUCCUGAGGCUGAUAUGCGUUGUUGAUCUGCCUCUUCCUCUCUUCUCCCACGCUCAUUACUGGACUGCCUUCGUCCAUCUCACUCACCAUUCCCGACCGUUUUCGAUCUCUCCCUUACUUUCGCCUCAUCCCGUCUACGUCUCCCCUUCCAUCCAUCCAUCGUUACCCACCGAGCACUCCCAUCGCUACCACACACCACCCCCCCUCGGUGGUGAUCGUCAACCAUGACCACCUCCGUCCUUCCCUUCCGUGAUAUUAAUCUUCACGCCUCGUCUUCCCACUAUGCCUUUACCUCCCCGUCGUCCCCGGAUGCUCCCACGCUGGUCGUCGACCGUCCGACCGGUGAUCUGCGACUGAACAAUGGCACCCUGUCAGGCGCCAGACGCAUCUCGAGUAUUGCUGGCAUCCUGGGCAUUAUCAAGCUGAAGCUAGAUAAGUAUAUCAUUGUAAUCACCAAGGCCCAGCCCAUGGGGCGCAUUCGUGGCCAUAUGGUCUACAAGGUGGCCGGUACCGAGUUCCUCCCCAUGCGAGAGCGCUCUCUACACGACCAUGACGAGGACACCUAUCUGGCCCUCCUGAAGGAGCUCCUCCGGAAGGGGCCCAUGUACUUCUCCUACGCCCUGGACCUCACCAACUCCUUCCAGCGCCAGUCGCAGAGCGACCCUAGCCGCCCCAUGUGGGCGCGCGCCGACGAUCGCUUCUUCUGGAAUCGCUUCAUCCAGUCCGACCUCAUCGAUUUCAGUCUCGGAGUCAACGAUGCGACGGGGGUUCGCUACGCCCCGCAGCCCGCUGUCGACCCCUAUAUCUUACCCGUCAUGUACGGCAUGCUCCGGAUCUCUCCCGCCCGGGUCAAGUCGACGUCGUUUACCUUCGCCCUGAUUACGAGACGAUCGAGGCACCGGGGCGGUACGAGGUACUUCUCCCGCGGCAUCGAUGACCACGGGAAUGUUUCCAACUAUAACGAGACCGAGCAGAUCGCCAUCUUGAACGAUGCGACCGGUGGGCUGUCGGGCUUUGCCGGUGGGCAACCGAUGAAGGAGAAGGCCGCCGAGGUGGGCCGCGAUCUCCAGGUCUUUUCCUUCGUGCAGACCCGAGGCAGCGUUCCGGUAUACUGGGCCGAGGUCAACAACCUCAAAUACACCCCGAAACUCCAGGUCCGCCGCGUCGAGACCGCCCUCGAGGCCGCUCGCAAACAUUUCGACCAGCAGGUCCGGAUCUACGGCGACAACUACCUCGUCAACCUCGUCAACCAGAAGGGACGCGAGCAGCGCGUCAAGGAAGCCUACGAAGAACUGAUUCGGAUCCUCCUCUCGGCUCCCGCCGACCGAGGCGAGACCGCCGGAUCCUCCGAGAAGGUCCAGGCCCUGGAGCCCAGCCAGGAACAGAAGCAGAUCGACCGACUGCACUACAUCUACUUCGACUUCCAUAACGAAACCAAGGGCCUGAAAUGGCACCGCGCCGAGCUGCUGCUGGAGCGCUUGCUGGAUGGCCUGAACCAGGGUGGCUACUUCCGGGGCGUCGAACAUCCCGGCCUCCCGGGCGGCCAGUUGGAUAUCCGUUCGCUGCAGAGCAGUGUGGUGCGGACCAACUGCAUGGAUUGUCUGGAUCGGACCAACGUGGUGCAGAGUAUGCUGGGCCGGUGGGCCCUGACCCGCCAGUUCACCGACGCCGGCAUCCUGCGGCCCGGGGAGGCGGCCAACGACGAUCGAGACUUUGAGAAUCUCUUCCGCAACGUCUGGGCCGACAAUGCCGACGUCGUGUCCAAGUCCUAUUCCGGCACCGGCGCCUUGAAGACGGAUUUCACCCGGACGGGAGAGCGGACCCGCGCCGGGAUGCUGCAGGACCUGAACAACUCCAUCACGCGGUACGUGCGGAACAACUUCCUGGACGGGCCCCGCCAGGACGGGUUCGACGUCUUCCUGGGCACCUAUCUCCCCCCGGAGUCGGCCCUGGGCAGCCUGCAGCUCUUCCUCGACCGCCGGCCGUUGGUCGUCCAGUCCGUCCCCUACCUCCUGGCGGCGGGCGUCUUCAUGAUUCUGGUGUCCUUGUUUACCAAGCGACUCCCGGACUCCGCCGUCUGGCCCUUGCGCCUCUUUGUCAUCUUCUGGCUGAUCGUGUCCGCCUGGAGCGCACGCUUCGUCCUAGGCCAUGGGAUGCUCUACGUGAACUGGCCCAAACUCAACACGCCGGCCGCCGGAUCGGAGGGCUACCAGGACGCCCUCAUCAAGGCUCGGACGGAUCCCAUCGUCGGCCAAUUUCUUCCCGCCAAAAGGCAUCAGCGCGGUUACAGCAACGCGCGGUUGGGCUUUCUGGAGGAGGGGAAGACCAGGAUCGAGUAAUUGCAGCCCACGAUGCGUUCGUCUUUUCAUCCUCUGCGUUCUUUCUCUCCGUCUCUUUCCUUGAUUCGUUUAUUCUUUUAUCCAUUACCCUAUUUCUUCCUAUUACUUUUUUUUAUCACAUCCCCUUCUAUUACCGUUCGUCCGCAUUUUCCUAUCACCGUAGGCAUGUUCGAGCAAGUUGUACUUGUAUUGUCGCGUCACCGAUUCUUCUGCUUAGACCUGUCCUGUCCGUCUCGUUUUCGCUUUUCUAGAUCACCACUAGAUCUGGACCCCGGUGUUGUGGCCACUACUUUACUUCGAGUGUAUAAAUUUAACUGCCAUUGUCCAUUC